AUGCACAAGAACAGUCGUAGACUGCUGUUGAAGCUUGCAUCGAGUGAUUUGUCUUCAAGCGGCGACCAACCACUUCUGAGUGCAAGAUACGGCGGCUUUAACUUACAGCCAAAUUUACGCAAAAUCGACAUGUCCCUGAGCGCUGUAUUUAAGGAGAUCUGCUCUCAGGUACGCCCUGUCACGUUUAUCAGUAUUCUGUCAUCGAUUCUGGUCGGCAAGUCCAUUAUUCUGGUGUCCGAACGCGCUUCAGCUCUCAUUUCGGUCGCAGAGGCUGCUCGAGAACUACUCAAGCCAUUCGAGUGGAUGCAUUUCUACUUGCCAUUUUGUCCCGUAGCAACGUGUUCCGAGUUGCGAGACGCUGGUCUUUUCUCCGAAGUGAACACGUCUCCGUUUCGUAUUGGCUGUGAAGGCAUGCUUACCUACCAGAAGAAAGAUUCUGGCUCGGAGCAGCGGUUCCGAAUUCGCGACAGUAUUUAUACCACACAUAGAGUUUCUCUUCACCUUCAAGCUCUAGGGCCAAUUGAAUAUCCGCCGGAGCUUCUGCAGACAACAGCGAUCAUCGUCGACAUCGACUCGGACGAUAUUUACGUUCCAGAAAAAGUGGAAAUCCUCGAGCUUCCACAAUCGACCCUUCGCUCGCUUGAAAGUAUGCUGAACACAGCACUCCACAGCUCUCGCAUCACUCAAGCAGACUCGCACCUCUUCGGCCCGAGCAAAACUCCCAGCUUUACCCAAGAAAUGCUUGGUCAGUCCAUAAAAAACAGUCAGUCGGAAGAACCAAGUGCAGAGAUUACAUCAGCUGAACUCGAGUCGGUCGAUCUCUCUCUGGACGAUAGAGCGCGUCUAGCGCUGUUGUGGUUCCUUGAGGCUUUAUUCGGAGACGUGGUGUAUUACUUCUGCUCUCUGCACCAGAACUUCGCGGUCGAAACUCAAUCAACUUCAGCGGAUACAGACGAAUUCCUCCUCUUUGAGGUCGACUCGUAUCUGGACGCCCACAUUGAGCUCGGAUGCCGCGACUUCUUCCGUCAAUGUUUCCACUCCGAGCUCUUCCGUAACUUCAUGCUAGCUCAACACAUGCAGUUCGCCUUGACAGCUGUGGAUGAAUCUCUUGAGUCCAGCGAGUCACCAGUACAGCUAGAAACACAUCUAGAGGCUCUGUCGGAUGGGUUUAUCUAA